AUGAGUGUAUCUAAGACUGAGCCUAUCCUAAUCGUUGGAGGAGGUGCAUUUGGUCUCUCGACUGUUGUUCACCUUCUCAAGGCGGGGUAUCGGGAUAUUACUGUCCUCGAAAAGGAUGUCGAGAUUCCAUCUCGUUGGUCCGCUGCCAAUGAUCUCAACAAGAUUGUGAGGGCCGAAUACGAAGAUCCUCUGUACCAAGAUUUAACUGUGAGAGCCAUCAAAGUUUGGCAGACGCCACUAUUCGCGCCUCACUUCCAUCAAGUUGGCUUUAUCCACUGUGUCUCUGGCAAUGCGACUGAAGAAGCUCGAGACACUCUCAAUCGUUUCCGAAUCGCUGCAGAACGAGACCCUCGUCUCCAACCACAUGUGACUCCACUCGGUUCACAGGAGGAUAUUGCAAAUGCAGCAUGGCAAUACAACAAUAGCUCAUUUCCUGGCUGGACUGGCUAUUUUAACAAGUUUGAUGGCUACGCGCAUUCUGGUAACGCUUUGCGAUCCAUAUUCGAAGCCACAAAAGCCCAGGGGGUGAAGUAUAUCCUUGGUAAAGCAGGGACUGUCUCCGAAAUCGUCUAUGGCAGCACCUCUGCCGGGCGCAAGGCCAAGGGUGUCAAGACUGUAGGUGGUCUAUUCUACCCUUCUACGCUGAUCAUCGUCUCCGUUGGUGCAGCUGGUGCAAAGUUGGUUCCCGAGAUUGGCAAGCAACUGGUGGCAAAGUCAUGGUCCGUGGCUCAUCUUCAACUGAGCGAUGACGAAACCUCUGCGCUUCGCGGCAUACCAGUGACUUAUGCUCGUGAUCUUGGUUUCUUCUUCGAGCCCGAUCCGAAGACUAACUUGCUGAAGCUCUGUCCCAUGGGUGGAGGCUUCGUCAACACGGAUCCCAAGACAGGUGUUUCGCACGCGCCUACCGACCCCAAGCAAAGCGCAUUUCUGCCUAAGAAUGACGAUGCGCAGCUUCGUGAACUUGUCCGUCAAACGCUUCCUCAAUUUGCCGACCGACCUUUUGUCAAGAAGUCACUUUGUUGGUUCGCUGAUACAGCCGACUCAGACUUUCUUAUUGACUAUGUACCGAAUACCUCAUCUUCUGUGCUCUUGUUAUCUGGUGACAGCGGCCACGGAUUCAAGUUCUUUCCCAUAUUUGGGGAAUGGGUCAAGGAUCUUCUCGAGUCCGAUAAAGGAGAACAACCUAUUGCACGAUGGAGGUGGAAAGACCGAACAGGUGAGAAACAGGGUGAUUGGGGCGGUGCUGUGAGCUGGAGGUUGGGCAACUCGAAGGAGCUUGUUGAUAUUCAGCCGGUUGGCGAUCUAAAACUGUAG